AUGAACAAUAUUGAAAUAUUAUAGAAACUUUUAAUUGAAGAAAUCAUAAAUAAACAAUAUAGUCAAGAAGACUUUGAGUAGUAUGUUUAAGUCUAAGCACCAGAUAAGGAUGAUCUUUCAAAGUGGAAUUAUGAAGACUUAAAGUUGUGUAUUGAGAACUUUUAAACUUCAAAAAACACUUUAAAGCAAACUCCAAAAUAAGAAGGAGAAAUUUAUGGAUUCUAAAAUAUUGAUGAGAAAUUAUACUCAGUAAUUGUUUCAAUUUAACAUAAAAUCUAUAUUGACAAUAUCUCUUUGGAUCCAUAUGAAAAAGUUAUAAAGUGUUAGUAAGAGAAAUACCUCAUUGAAAAGGAUGUCGAGUUAUAAUUUUAGAUUUCACAUCCUUAGGAAGUAAGAGCUUCAGGAUUAUGGUCUUUUAUCACUUAGAAAAAUUUUGUUGUUUUUUCAAUCUAGACGUUUCCAAUGCAAUUUAAGGUAUCAAGAACAUUAUAAGAAUUUAAUGAUCUGAGAAAUGUUAUUUGUCAAUAUUUUCCUGAAAAAAUAAUUCCUAGAUUUCCUUAUGGAGAAUUAACUAAAUUGGAUGAAAUGCAACCAAUGAUGGAGAACAUCAUUCUUUCAAUAAAAAAUUUACUCUUACUUUAUAAUUAAAUCCCUAUAAUUAGAACAAUAUAGCCUUGUUUAUGGUUUAUAAACGAAGACAAUUAAUAAUUACUUUAAAAAAAACUAAAAGAAGAAUUAUAAAAAGAAAAGAGAUAUAAAUUACAAUAAAAAUAGACAAAAACAGGAGACAUUAAAGUUUCUUUAACUUUUGAUGGAUAUAAAAAAUUUUUAGAUUAAUCAUCUUAUCCAACCACUGCGAUUAAUCUUCUCAACGAAAUUAUCUGUAACAUCAAUGAAUUUUGCGCUUACCAAAAAAAGUCGUAAGAAUUUUUAGGAAAUGCUACUUAAAAUUUGAUUGAAUUAACAAGUACUUUACCAAAAUAUCCUGAACAAAGUAGACUUAUUGAGUACAUCAAUUUGACAAAUGAUCAUUUUAAUUAAAUUACAUAAGAAAUAAAUGAUUCCUGUACAUUACUUGAUAAAAAUUUAAAAUAAACAUUUGCAAAAUUAUUAAGAAGUCAUAAGUCUUUUAUUAGAUUAUAUGAAAAUGUGUAUGAUAUUAGAAGUAAGUUUGUCUAAGAUUAUAAUAUACUAAAUAAAAAAAAGGAUGAUCUAAUUAGAAAUAGCGAUUUGAAAACAUUAAUUUAAAAAAUAAUAUCAUAAAAUAAAUUUGAUUAAUCAGAAUGUGAUAAAUUAUUAACUGAUUCUGAAUACUUGAAAGGGUUCCUUAAUGUUCAAGAAACUCAGUAAAAUUAAUAACUUCAAGAUCAGUUAGUUUAUAUGCUAUAAGAAUAUUCGAAGACUAUAGAUGAGUAAUUUAGAGUUGAUAAGCUUAAAGUGGUUACAACCUUUGGGGGAUUUCUUUCUUCAAAGUAGAAACUCUGUCAAAAAUAUUGUGAGCAAUGGUAGGAUUUAGUUUAUAAAUAUGAGAUGGUAAAAGAAAAAUUGAAUUGA